AUGAUUGGAUUAUUUAUACCAAAACGUCUUUUCAUUGGAUGUCCAGUUGGGUGUUUCUUCAUCAAAAGAUACGGUUGUCGAACAUGUGCGGUCAUAGGUGGUUUGACAGCAGCAGUUGGCUUUGGUCUUGGUGUAAGUUACACGGCUGGCAUGGCGGUACUGAACAUUUACUUUGACAAGUUUAAAACGCUGGCAACGGAGCUAGCUUCUAUUGGUCAAAAUACAGGUCUAGUUAUAUAUGCAAGGCUUGUCAUAUAUCUCGAAGAAUCGUAUGGUUGGAGAGGGAUGAUGUUGAUUCAUGGUGCAAUAGCUUUUAAUCUUUGCGUAUGCGCUUGUGCCAUGUUUCCUCUCAAAAUAGAGGAACGUUUAAAAGCUGAAGAUUUCCUGAAGACUAAUGAUGAGUUCAAAGGCAAAAAGAAAAAGAUGCAUUUUGUAAAUGUGAAGUUAUUCAAAAAGACUUCAUUCAUCAUGUUUUGUGCAAGUAAUAUAUUUGUAAAUACUAGUUCGUGCAUUUAUAUUUUACACUUGCCGUCAUAUUUAAAAGAAGCAGGAUUUACACAAGGACAGUUAGGAACUGUGCUAAUGGUGUUCGGGAUUUCGAACUUCGUAGGAAAAGUGAUUUAUAGUUUAUUAGGCCAGCAUCCUAGAAUUGAUGAAACCAGUCUUUAUACCGUAUCACUAACCGCAGCUGGUGUAUCUGUGUUUCUUACCCCAAUGUUCCUGACAAAGGCUGGUGUUAUGACUACAGCUGGACUGGCUGGGUUUUUCCAUUGUGUGACUGGAGCAUUGCUUCAUGCGGUUAUUUACGGAAUUGUAGGAUUUGAAAGAUUUGCUGACGGAAUUGGCUUGUCACUUCCUUUCAAAGCAGUUGGAAAUCUUAUUGGUGGUCCUCUGGCAGGAUUAAUGCUUACAACGACGGGCGAUUAUGCAUUUUCCUUUUACCUAUCCGGUGUUAGCAUGGUUAUAGCAUCCCUGCUAAUGAUUCAGCCCGUGUUAAACCACAGAUGUAGAGGGGCACAGACAAGAAACAAGGUUUUAUAUACAGUACGCGAAACAGAUAUUGGAUAA